AUGAGUGAAAAUGAGUAAAUGAUUCACAUCAAAAGCAAAAGUAUUCCAAGUUAUGAUAUAGAAUAGCAAGAAGCUUAGCAAAAUUAAUCAUUAAUAAAAUAGACUUAAAGAGAAAAUGGUAAAAUAAAAUAAAUAUAUCAAGAACCUGAUACACACAGGUAAAAUAGAUCUACAUGGGAGUGGCUCUUUGGAAGUUGUAUGAGUCGCACUUAUGAUUUGGAUUAGUAAGAAAUAUAAGCAUUUGGUAUGCUCAAAGAAGAUACUUAGCAAUAUUUUGAUGAAAAAAAUCAAACUCAUAUUAUGAUUUUAGCAGAACUUUGGGAACUACUUACUGAAACGGCCAUGGAUAAAGAAAAUUACAAAAAUGAAGAAUGGAUUAAAUAUGGCUUUUAAAACAAAAAUCCCUGCACUGAUUUUAGAGGUGGCGGAGUUUUAUCUCUCUUAUAGAUAAUACACUUCACAAAAAACAAUAAAGAAUUGGUUAUAAAAGAUAUGAGUAAUCCCUAAAAUGAUUUCUUUUUUGCUUUAUCAUCCAUAAAUGUAACAUUCUUCUUGAAGCAAAUUUUACACUUAGCAGAACACCUAGAUCCAAAAAAAGAUAGAAAUGUAUUUUGUGAUAGACAAAGUUUCAAAAGUUUUUGUUAAAUGUUAGUAAAAGAUGAUGAUACAUUUAAUAAAAUGCAUGAUAUUGUUUUGAAAGAUAUGUUUAAUUCUUGGAUUGCCCUUCGUAAAUCUCAACCUAAAACCACUCUUAUAGAUUUUCCAAAAAUAGAACAACAAUUUAAAAAGAAAUUUAGAAAUGUCCUCUCAAGAUAAGAGUAUUUCAAUAUUACAGAGUUCGAAAGAGCUUUUAAAGCUUUAAAAUGA